GAGUGCCCUGAAUUCCAGAAGUGUUUGUUAUAUUCCCGUCCUGCAUCUAAGCUCGGCUGCAGUUUCUCUUGUGGAGCAGAGCUGUUACCAAGAAAAUUAAGCCAAAAACUCCUAAUGAGGACUUUUAAGUCAGGAAAAUCCCUUUGAUUUGUUGCACAGGAUGGGCGACUGGGGCUUCCUGGAGAAGUUACUGGAUCAGGUGCAGGAACAUUCAACAGUCAUCGGCAAGAUCUGGUUGACAGUCCUCUUCAUCUUCCGAAUCUUGAUCCUGGGUCUAGCUGGGGAGUCCGUUUGGGGGGAUGAGCAGUCCGAUUUUGUGUGCAAUACCAAGCAACCUGGCUGUACCAACGUCUGCUAUGAUAAUGCAUUCCCUAUUUCCCAUAUUCGUUACUGGGUGCUGCAAUUCCUCUUUGUCAGCACCCCAACUUUGCUCUAUCUGGGACAUGUCAUGUACCUCUCCCGACAAGAGGAGAAGCUAAAGGAACAGGAGAGUGAACUCAGGGCAUUACAAACCAAAGAUUACAAGGUGGCAGCUAUGCUGAUGGCAGUAGAGAAGAAGAUGGCCAAGAUCUGUUUGGCUGAAGAUGGCCGAAUUAAAAUCCGUGGGCCUCUGAUGUUUACCUAUGUCAUCAGUGUGAUCUUCAAGACCAUCUUUGAGGCAGGUUUUCUUCUUGGCCAAUGGUACCUAUAUGGCUUUGUCAUGCAUGCUAACUAUGUGUGCAAAGGUUCUCCAUGCCCACAUGUUGUAGACUGUUUUAUGUCCCGUCCUACUGAAAAAACCAUCUUCAUCCUUUUCAUGCUGGUAAUGGGCUUGAUCUCCCUUGUCCUCAACGUUCUGGAGCUUCUCCAUCUCUUUUGCAAGCACCUGGUCAAAAAGGUUAAGGAAAGUGACUGUUGCUCCCCAUCUUCUGCUCCCCCUCUACCCUUCGAUGCCAACAGCAUUGGUAAAAUGCCAACAGGGCCUUAUCCACCAGAUAAACCCUAUUUCUACCUCCCCAUGUCAGACAGGCAUGCUCCACCCUACCAGGGAUACAACAGGCUUUCCAGCGAACAGAACUGGGCCAACUACAAUACAGAAGAAACUCUGGCCUUGCAAAACCAGAUUAAUCCUCCUGAUCUCUUUGCAACAGGAACCCCUAAAAUCCAUCUCUCUCCAGAAAGGCAGUCCAGCCGCUCAAGUAGCAGUGCUUCUAAAAAACAGUAUGUCUAGCAAGCAACCAUUUGAAGUUUAAGUUCCAUGGGGGGCUUCCUUGGUAGCAGCCAGGUUUCUCUCAAGGGUCUCUUCAUGUGGAAGGCUCCAAUAUGAUUCCUUAACAUGGAAGAAAGAGGCUGGACCUCAGGAUUCUUUCCAGGUGCUUCCCAAGUUUUUGCCACAGUAUUCUAUUGCCCAGGUGAAAACCAGGACUUGACGAUAGAUGCAGACUGAACUUGUAGAUCCAUCAAAAGUGUAAAAAGACACAUAAACAAUCUCAUAGAAGCCAUAGAAGUGGCUGGUUAAUGGGCAUUUUAAGAUGGGAGUGCUAAAUGUUGAUUCCUGGGGAAAAACAUAAGUAGUUGGUCUGUACUUCGAGGUAUCUUGUGAGAUCAGAAAACAGCCACUGAAACACAAAGGGAGGUGGGUAAGUAGAAAAGAAACCAGCUUUGACUAUCCAAACUGGGUUUCAAAUUUUGGAAGUAGAUGCAAGCUGAAAAGGAGGGUGCAGAAUAAACUCAAGGAGAAACGUCUGGUAUGUCACCUUUUUGGGAAUGGACAUGUGAACAAAUUGAGGAAAGUCAUUUGUCAAGUAGAUUUAUUUUCAUGUUGCAAUUGUCAAACUUCUGAGCAGCUUACUUAUUAAAUACUGCAGCUCAUCUACCUUUUGCAUAUUGUUUCAAGUAGGCAUUAGGGAGAAUAAUUGCUAUUGCUCAUGUUAUCUUAUCAAAUAUGACUCCUAUUUAAGUUUAGAGCUGAUAUGACUUAGGUCCUCUGGGUUACUUUAUAAAUGUCUUCCAUCUAACAGACUAGAAAAGCACAGUUUUCAAUCUCACCAUAUUUGAAACUACAAUUUCUGUCUCCACUGACAUUGGGGUGAACCUUUGGUCUGCAAAGCGGCUGUCUCUACAUUUUUUUCCUUCAACUGGUAACUCGGAGAAGUUGAAUCAAAACUGUUCACUAUGUAAAUUAACUCCCCCAUUCUCAGUCUCCUUGUUAUGUAAUUCCAUCUCCCAUUCUGUCAGGAUACUUUUCUGGAAAUUGGCCUUCCACAAGCUAAAUGCGCUUCAACCCUGUUGGGGCUACACAUCUCCAAGUUUCCAGCCUGCUGGUUUGGGAUGCUGGACACUGAGAUCCCAGCACAUCUAGAGGAUACCAAAUUAUGAAAAGCUGCAGGAGGCACACAUUUCUCUUGGUUUUAAAUGGAUCAGAACCUCAUCAGAACUUCACCCUGAUAGUUCUGUGAAGCCACAUUCCUCCGUAGACAAAAGACUAUUGUGUUAUCUGAACUUUAUUCAGUAUAAAUUGUCCAUUGAUGAUACUCUCUAAAUAUUGAAAGCUAUCUGGCCUUGUCCAGUGUAGCUGCUCACCCAGCCUUCCCAUUGCAAUCAUUAUUUGUGCAGGAGUCUGGCAAACAAAGAUUGCUUCUGGAUGUUUGAGGUCAAUAUUGUGUUAUAUGUGUAUCCUUAUGAAUCAUUGCAGUGGUCAGUUUCUCUCCUGGCUUCCUAUUUAUACCUUCUUUUUUAUUAUGUGUUCUAAUUCUUUCACAUCAUAUGACUAUAAGCACAAGCUGGAUCCUUCAGUGUUAAAACCACAAUUUCUCCUGCAAUGGGAAAAUAAGGUGGAUUUUUUUUUUAAUGCUCAUGUAUCAGCCUUUUUGGAAAAAGUUCCUGCCUCUCUCUAGAUUAAAUCAAAAGAGUGGGGUGGUUUGAGGGUUUUGUGUUUGUAACUGCAAAAAUAUAUGCUCUGGAAACUGGCUUUUGUUGGUGCAUGUGAAAAGCUUGGGAUGGUUAUAAAAAUAGGAUUGCACUCCAGCUUCAAUCAAGAACAAAUUGUGAUAGAAAGAAAUAGGGGGGCAAAGAGCUUUUUCUUUCUCUCUCUCUACUGAACUGUUUCUGAUAACUAAGCUGUGAAAAGGAGAUUGUUGGAUGUAGAAAACCCACCUGUGUGCCUUUGAUGGAGAUGGCUCAGAUCCAAAUGGCCAUUAAGAAGCUGGCUUCACGUCACCAGUUCAUAACCAACGUUCAUGCUUGCAGGGUGCAAGAUGGAGGGCUAUGGGUAUGAACUCUGUGUUUGUGUC